AGCAGCGCGCGCCGGGCCGCAGCCGCACAGACACCGCCCGGGCUUCAGCCGCCUUCGCUCCUCGCUGCUGGCUCCGCGCCCUCGCCCAGCUCUGCGGUAGGCAGGAGGCCCGCCGGAACGCGACUCCGGACUUCGCGACUGUCGCCAGGCCUGCCGCCCCCGCCGCUCAGACUCGCGACCCUGCGCCAGCGCGCAGCCACCUGCUCCCAGUCCCUGGGCGAGGACAACCAUGCGCCCCACUCUGGCGUUCUCCGCGCUGCUGCUGCUGCUGCCGCCGCCGUCUCUCUCCCAAAAUGCUGGUGAAGUGAAUGACAUGACUACUACCAAAACAAACCCUCCAAGAGAAAUCACUAACGGAACAUCGACCAAACCCACAACUGUUGGCCCAGUGACAUCCACUCUUCCUCCAGCCCAGCCAACCACGGCAUCAUCUAGUGACUCAGCAGACCAACCUUUGACAACUGCUCAUACAUCGACCCCAGACCCCAGGGUCAAGCAAAGUGGUAGCAGCCCUACUCCAACUUCCAGCAGCUCCCAGGAUGACAAGACUAAAACAAGACCCCCCAGUACGAGCGGCCCCCCUAGUAGCAGUGGACAGCCAGUCUCUUCUGGAGGCACUGACAAUGUUACCACUGCACCACCAACCACUUUGGGAAGUAACCAGCUAACCAACAAUGCUUCUUCCCAGCCUACUGGCAUGUCUGUUCCCUCAAAGCUUCCUCUUACCCCCAUAGCAGACAGCACCACAAGCCCUCACCAACCUAUGACUACUCCUUCGCAGAGCACAGAGAGCCAUCCUGAUGGGCAGCACAGCCCUACCACUGUUUCCCGCAGUUCUGGCUCUGUGUCCAGCACGGCCUUCUCUGUGUCAUCAAGGAAGCCUACCACACACAUAAUACUGGAUAGCCCUGAAGUAACUCACCCCACCACCACCCAGAUGCCAGACGCCUCAACACAGCCUUUCUCCACACCACGACAGCCUACAGAGUCUCCAGUGGGAACUGGGGUCAUGCCUACCACUGAGGAGUUUACACACUCCAGCUAUGUUUUGACUCCAGUGGCCCCUCAGGGCCCCAGCACGCCCUCUUCCAUCUGGACUUUUGGGCAUUACAAGCUAAAAUGUGAUCCUGCCGUAAUGCCGGGUGAGGAACUCCUCAUUCUGAACCUCACGGGAGCCGGCCUUUGUGAAGGGAGCCCUCCGAAUGAAAAACUUGUGGAGCUGCUGUGCCAUUCCAUCAAAGCCUCCUUCAACUCGGCUCAAGAUCAGUGCACUCUACAGGUGGCACCUAUUCUAAAGAGCCAGGCAGUGGCAAUGAAAAGAGUCACUAUUGAGACGAAGCUUCUUCCUAAGGCUGUGUAUGAGCUGCUGAAGGAAAAAUGGGAUGACCUGAGAGAGGCGGGAGUCAGUGACAUGACGCUGGGGAGGGAAGGACCACCAGAAGCCAAUGAGGACCGCUUCAGCUUGCCACUCAUCAUCACCAUCGUCUGCAUGGCAUCCUUCCUGCUCCUUGUUGCUGCCCUCUAUGGCUGCUGUCACCAGCGCAUCUCCCAGAGGAAGGACCAACAACGACUCACAGAGGAGCUGCAGACAGUAGAGAAUGGUUACCAUGACAACCCAACCUUGGAAGUGAUGGAGACUCCUUCUGAGAUGCAGGAAAAGAAGGUGGUCAACCUAAACGGGGAGCUGGGGGACAGCUGGAUCGUCCCCCUGGACAACCUGACCAAGGAUGAUCUAGACGAGGAGGAGGACACCCACCUCUGAGCAGUCUGCUAGCUACCCUGACAGCACUGCAGUGCUCCAGACCACCCAAAGUGCCAUUGGACAGAGGGGAAGGGAGAGUGGACUCCAAGGGCUGCCUCCUCCCAAUCCCCACAAGGCCUUAAUUUUAGUUUUCCCCUUUCGAGUUCAACGAAGUCACAUUCUGUCCAGUUUCCUCGUGUAAAAUAACCCGCUUGUGCCUGAGCCUCUGGAAGGCGAGAGGAUGAUGGAGAAAGCCAUGUAAGGGGCUUUGGCGCAUCUAGUGGUGGCAUCCUCUCAGCUUGUGAGAUGACCGAGGCCUCAAGAGGUCAGGUGACUUGCACAAGGUCACACAGCCAUUUGGUGACAAGGACUGUUUCCCUCAGUAUGGCGCUUAACUGCACCAUGCCGUGCCACUGUGUUCACUUGUGCCCACUCUCCAAGGCACAAGAUACUUGGCUGGCGGGUGGGCUGGAAAGAAAAACAAGCCCCCAUGGUCUCAAAAGGACAGGUCCUGUAAUACGGUCUCUGCUCGCUUCUUGUAGCCCAUCUCCCAUGAGUCAGUCUUUAGGCCCACUAUUUCCCAGGGCAUGACUUUGAACCUCUUUUCUAGAUUCUGAUUUCCUUGACUUUGCUUUGGAAUUGGGACCUAACCCACACAGGCCUCACUAGCCAAUGGAGUCUGGCUCAGGGGUGGGUGGGCAGGCAGAGAGAAAGGGCGCUCAUGCCCAGAUGGCUUCCUCAUGGCAGCUGAUUCUGUACUGACAUUGGCCUAUCACCCGGGCACUGCUAGAAGACACUCCCCCAAACGAGUUCUGCCUUUCUUCGUCCACGAGGAACAAAUCUGCAAUCGCUACUGAAAGCUCCCUUUUGUUGUUCACUGCUGAACUGAGGGGGUGACUCCUUGAGACCCAGUGUCACAGAGCAACUGUCUAGAGACAGGCAUGCUCUGGGGUCCUGACUGGUCCCUGAUCGGCAGAUGUGUCUCAGUAGACAACGGACCUAACCUACCAGGCAUUAAGGUUCCACAGGAAGCUCAGGGACUUUCCAAGUUGCUGAGACAUAUGUUGUGUCUAUGUUUAGUUCAGCUUCCCACUGCCAAAGGCCAAAGCUCAGGCCCUGGAGACUUUUGGCUAAGUUCACUACUUUGCACCCUCCUUUGCCAUGGAGAAAGAAAGGCCCAUAACAUGUAGUUUUAAGGUACCUGCUCUCCCAGUAUGGAACCAGGCUUUUGUUUCCUGUGUUCUCUCGGUGACACUCAAGCUGUCCCAUUUCUGGUGGCAUCUCAGGGAAACAUAAAACCAUGCUUAGUAGCUAGCACAGGAUUUUUAUAGGCUUAGUGGUGUCAGGUGGCCAUGUACAGGCUGCUGAGGGUUUUAGGGGUAUGGGGGUCCUGUGUGGAGCUCUGGUCUUGGCCCACAGUCUGUUGUGUUCCUGGGCAUAAAUUCCCCUGAUCGGCUGUCUGCUGUGGGGCCUGUGGGAGGACAGGUGUCCUGUAUGGAGCUCUGGUCUUGGCCCACAGUCUGUUGUGUUCCUGGGCAUAAAUUCCCAUGAUCGGCUGUCUGCUGUGGGGCCUGUGGGAGGACAGGUGCCCUGCCUACGUCCACCUUCACAGCUGUCACCCUGAGAGAGAUGCUAGGGAGAAAUGGCUGCCCAAAAACAAGGAAGGCUCUUAGUGAGGUUCACAGGAGCUUGAAAGAUGCCAACAAGAACCCAAGAGCCCCUUGGCUUGCUUCUCUCAGAUUUGCAAGGGAGGGUGGGGAGCAGUGCUAACUGGAGGGAAAGUUAGGCCUGUUUGCUUCCUGCAUUAGAUUCUGUCACUCAGUGGGUUCAUUCUGAUAGGGCCUGUGUGAGAAACUCGACAGGAUUUCUUCUCCUUCACUACUUCAGGGUCACAGUCCAUGGGGCAAGGCCAUUUGACAGACAGCAAAUACCAUUUCUGCAAACAGGUCACAGACUACAACCCCUCAGCCUCUCAGGUAUGACUGCAAGAGUAGACAAAGGAUAUUGUAUCUUGGUGGAGGAACAGUCAUGACUCUGCCCAGGCUGGUUGGUCCUUGUGUUGCCUUUUAGUACAGCUUGAGAAUGUGAUAUCUAGCCUCAGUUUGUUCUCACUGCUGGACAUCUACUCAACAGGACACACUUUGGACAACAUACUGGUGAAACUGAAGAAUAAAUUGAAAUUGGUAUUUACAUAUUUUUGAGAUGUAAAUACAAGGGCCAAACGCUUAUUUACCCAGCACUACUUUCAGAGUAAACUUUGGGGAAACAUUUGGUAGCUAGGAGAGAUAGCUAAGCCUUUUUUUUUUCUCUGAACAAGAAUGUAAAUGUUGGGCUAGAGAGAUGGCUCAGAGGUUGAGAGCGCUGGCUGUUCUUCCCAAGGUCCUGAGUUCAAUUCCCAGCAAUCAGAUGUAGCUCACAACCAUCUACAAUGAGAUCUGGUGCCCUCUUCUGGACGGCAGGCACACAUGCAGGCAGAAUACUAUAUAAGUAAUACAUACUUUUUUUAAAAAAAAAAGGAAAAAAAAGAAUGUAAAUGUCUAGUAGAAGUAACUUUUAAAAAAUGAAACAUGUAACAAGACAGGCUGGUAACAAAGUAUUUCCCUUGUAGAUAAGGGGCUUUAAAGUUUAAACUAUUACCCUUGCUCCUCCCCAGCCAAGUCUCAAUCCUACUGCAGUAUGGGGUGGAGUUCAGAGUGUGCUUAACGGGUUGUGACAGUCACAGGGGAAAAGUUUGGAACUACAUGUCAGUCUUCCUAUAGGAAAACACAUCUGAGGCCACAAAGUGAGUGAAGGAGUCAAAACCAACCCAGUGACAGACAGAUUCUGCCCACCCUGUGCUGUGUGUUUCUCAAGCACUCACAGGAACAAGGUCAACACAGGACACUACCAGUCCUUCCCCACAAUUACCCUGACAAUGCUGGGGAGGAUACAAAGGACACAAACAGCCAUGUGCUGGGCUCUGGAGUCAUUUGGGUCCAAAAUGUAAAUAAACAUUAUCGGGGGUUUGUUUCUUCCUCUCAGUUAGGAAAUAAUUUUGAAAACUCACUGAGGAACGUGCAGUAGAAUAAGGAUCAAAGGGAAUAACAGCAAGGCAGAGGAUGGGAGAAGCCCUGCAGCAGAGCUCUUUUCACUGCCAGUCACCUGCUGCUUCCCUCAGGCCUGCUGAAAACCCAACACUGAGCAGGGAUCAUUGUUUCAUGGGGCCUUUCUGUUUCUUAGUGAAUGUCAGCUUGCCCAGGAGCCUGGGGAGCAUAUGUUGUAGAGGACAGGGGUCUGACGUACACUGGAAUUUACUGAGAAACUAUUGCAUUUUCUUAUAAAGUAUAUUUUGGAAAAAUGUAUACUGUCAAUUAAAGUGCUUUUCUGUACAA